GUUAUACAAAAUUUGUAUUAUCGUUUGUUUUUUGUUAUUUGUUUGUUAAAUUUUAAUAAAUUAGAAAAACUAGAAAAAUAUUAAUUAACUUCAAUUAAUUUUAAAUUAAUAAGAAGGAUGACAUCGUACACAUUCUCUUCAUAAACAUGUGAUAUAGAAUCUAUGAUUUUUGACGGUUAAUGCUUGUUGUUUAUACUUUUUUCAAAAACCUUUCUGUUUAAAAACAUAAAUUCAAAAUGAAUACACCGGGUUUUAGUAUAUUCCAAGGUGGAGAGAGUAUUCAUAUUGACAAUUCCAUCAAUAGAGCCGAAGAGGAAGAAGAUCUUGAAGACAAAAAAAGGCGAGAUAAAGAGCUGAAUAAAGAUCUUCAAUCAGCUUUUGAUGAUCUGAUCGAUUAUGAUGACAACACAAUAGAUAGUUCUAAGUUUCAAUCAGAAAUACUUCCUCAAAAUUCGGAUAAACCCAUAAUUUGUAAUGGUAUUCGGUACUUAGAGCCAGAAAAUGAUCGUCUUCAACAAAACCAGCUCCCCACAAAUAUUCGUUUGCAAGAAGAAGUGCAAAAGUUAAAAAUGUUGCUCGAUUCAAAAACGCAUGAACUUGAAAACGUGGCUCGAGCUGCGCACGAAGAAAAGAAAUUGCGCGAAGAAGUGGAAAAGCGUUUAGCAUUUUCUGAGGCAGAACUUGAACGUGAAAAACGCUCAAAGAAAUCCCAUCACGAGCUAUUGGUCGAAAGCAAAGAGAAAUGCUCGAACCUUGAGAACACAGUUCAAAAUCUCAAAUCAGAAAUAAAAUCCCUCGAGGCUGAUAAUAGCAACAUGAUUGGAAAAUUAGAGACAUGUCAAAAUAUGCUUGCUGAUGUCCAGCAUAAAUAUUUAAUGGUCGAAAAGAACAUAAACACAAACAACGAUCGCAAUAUAGAAAUUAAACUGAAGCAUGCCGAUGAAAGACAUCGUGCCGAAAUGGCUAUGUUGCAAGCACAACUAGAUAGUGUGAUCAACAAGCUUGAUAGGAAGAAACUUGACCUGGAAAAUAUGAAUUCCCGUUAUAAAUCCUUGCAGCAAAGUCAUGAAACUAUGCUUAUUGAAAAAUCAUCAAAAAUAAACGAUCUGGCUAGAGAAUUGUCUGAAGCACAAAAACAAUGCGUUGAACUUAGUUGUAAGCAUGAUUAUUCUCAAGAAAAUGUCCGUUUGCAGCGUUUGGUAGCUGACUUGCAAAUUCAAAUACAGAGCAUGGAAGGAACUAUUGAGAAACUACGAUCCCGCUACGAACAAGCUACAGCUGAUUUAGACGCAAUGGAUAGCAUUUUUCAACAAAACAAUGACGAAAGUUUUAAAAGAAUGAGUGGGAUGCAUGGAAGCACUCCUAUUCCCACUGCUGAACGAGCAAAUAAUCUCAAAGAAGAACUACGUCGGGCAAUUAUCAACUUAAAGACGAAGCGAGAAGAAAUUCGCGUAAUGCAACAGACAUUAGACCGCAAAGAUCAUGAAAUAAAAAAUUUAAAACAUGAGGAAAAUUUAGCCCUUGUUAAAAUCACAACGUGCCAGGAAGAGAAUACAAGACUUAAAAAUAAACUUAAGCUGAUCGAAGAGGAAUUAGAUGAGUUGCGUGCAAAAAUUAUUGAUGAUGAAAACAAUUCAGAAGAAACAGAAAUAAUCGAAGAACUACGUCGCUUACGAGAAGAAAGACAGCUUCUUAUGGAAAAAGUGGAAAAUAACACACAACUUCUGUUAAGUAAGCAAGAAGCAGAGAAAGCAAAGGCAAAUAUAGAGAUUGAAUUGGGGAUACUUGAUUCAAAAUUCAAAGAUCUUCAAGUUGACUUGGAGGAACUCAAACAAGAACGGGAUAGUUUGAAAGCGAAUUACAAGAAAAACGAGGAGCUGCAGUUGGAGAUUGAAAAGUUAAAAUUUCGGCUUGAAGACUCACAAAAAGAAUGCGAUCGUUUAAAGAAUUUAUAUGUUGAAAUAUCGCAUGAAAAGGAAUCAAUAGCAAUAGAACUUAAACAUUUUCGCAACUUUGAGUUCUGCAAUGAGUUGAAAGAGCAAAAGGCAGAGUGUGCAAGUCUUAAUAAGGCUUUGCAAUUAGCCGAGCUAAAAUGUUCUGAACUAACAAAAAUUCUUGAAACACAAAAAAUAUCAUACGAAAAAGAUUUGUCUCAAUUAAGGGAAAAGCUAGAAAAAGAAAAAGCUGAUUCGUAUAAUUUGAAUACAAAACAUAUUUCGAAGAACUGUGCUAAAUGUAUUGAAUAUGUGGCAGAGUGCACUAAGCUAGAAAUUCAAACUUUAAAGUUUUCAAACCAAUGUUCGGUUUAUCAAAAAGAAAUUGAUGCUCUUAAAUCUGAACUUAAUGAAGCUAAAAACCACAUUAGUGAUUUAUCCGAUAAAAUUGUCCUAAUCGAUGAGCGUGAGAAACUGAUUGUUGAAUUGAAAGCAAAAGCCCAGCAAUUCGAAGAAUAUAUUAAAAAUCAAAGUAAUUCUGGAUCUUCAUCGAAUAAGCAACCAGAGUCAAAAGAUAUAAGCGUUGAGACAUCUCCAGAACUAGAAUCAAAAUUCAAUCGUCGUCAAGUGGAAUCAAAAGUUCGUGAUGAAAUGGCAAAAAUAUUUGCAAUCGAAAUAAGAAACAAUGAACAACGUUAUAAAAUUAAGACGACUCAAUUGGAAGAAGAAUUAUAUGAUUUGAGAAAAAACGUUCAAAAAAUCAACACCGAGCUGAUACAGAGGCACAAUGAGGUUCAAGUGCUCAAACAUGCCAUUCUCUCGGAACGUGAGAAAACUGAAGAAAUAAUAGCAAAUAAAGAUAAGGAGUAUAAUGAAUUGUUUGAGAAACAAAAUAUAAUCCUACACAAAAGUCGGGAUGAGCUUAAGUUGAAAACGCAACGAAUAAGCGAAUUGAUUCGCGAGCUUGACGAUAGAAAUUCUCAAAUAGAAGCAGAACGCCAGUCCAUGAAGGCCGUUAUGACCCAGUGGGAGGAACAACGAAGAAAAAGUGACAACAUCAAAUACGAGUGGGAGGCAAAAAUAGAAGAAAUGAAAAAAGUUCAUGAAGCUGCAAUUGCUUCCUGGCAAACGAAAUAUAAUUCUGCCAAAAAAACAGCAGUUAAUUAUAAACGUUAUGCUGAGGAUAAGGAAAAUCACAUGAUCCAGGAAUAUAAUCGAAUUAAAUCCGAGUAUGAUGCAUCGCUGACGAAGAUUGAAAUUCGUAUGAAGGAAACAUUUGAAAAGAAAAAUAAAGAGGCACAAUGAAAGAAGCCAUAGCUGCUAUAGAGAGGAAAAACGCAAAUUCUCAGCCAACGAGUGAUGGAGUUAUUAUGUGAUUUCGCGAUAAACCAAUAGCCAAUUAGUUUUUAGUGUUAGAUUUUGUAUAUGCAUGUGCACUUUGUUUUAUUACAUAUUAUAUUUAUCAUAUAAUUUAUGGUUAUAAUAAAAAAGUGAGUUAA